GCUGUGUAAUAAAUAUUGAUGAAGGAAUAAAAAGCCUGAAUUAAAUGUCAUUAAUUACAUCCACAGUGUUGUGCAACCAUCACCACUAUCUAUUUACAAAACUUUUUCAUCACUGCAGGCAGAAACUCUGUAUCUCUCCAUUCCUUCCUCACCCUAGCCCCUGGUAACCUGUAAGCUACUUCCUGCCUCUAAGUUUACUUGUUCUAGAUAUUUCAUAGAAGUGGAAUCAUACAAUAUGUGGCGUUUUGUAUUGGGAAAAUUUCACUUAGCUUAAUGUAUCCAAGGUUUAUCUAUAUCACAAUAUAUAUCAGAGCUUCCAGCCUUUUUAUGACUAAAUUAAAAGUCCUGGUAUGGAUAUGCCACAUUGCGUUCACUCGUCUGUUGAUGGACAUUUUGGUUGUUGCCACCUUUUGGUUACUGUGAAUUAUGUUGCCGUUAUCACUGGGGCACAAGUUUCUGAAUCUGCUCUUUCAGUUCUUUUGGUUAUAUGCCUAGGAAUGGGAUUAGUUGGUCAUAUGAGAAUUCUAUGCUUAUCUUUUUGAGGAACUGCCAAACUCUUUUCCACAGCAGUGACACUAUUUAACAUUUCCACCAGCAAUACACAAGGAAGGUUCCCAUUUCCCCACAUCCUUGCCAACACUUGUUAUUUUCUGUUUUUCUGAUAAUAGCCGUCUUAGUGAGUGUGAAAUGUUAUUUCAUUAUGGUUUUGAAUUGCAUUUUCCUAAUGGUUAGUAAUGUUGAGCAUUUUUUCAUGUGCUCAUUGGCCAUUUGUAUAUCUUCUUUGGAGAAAUAUCUAUUCAAGCCCUUUGCAAAUUUUUUGAGUUGUUUGUUUUUUUUGCCAUUGAGUUAUAGGACUUCUUUAUAUAUUCUGGCUAUUAAGUCCUUACCAGAUAUAUGGUGCUCAAAUAUUUUCUCUCAUUCUGUAGGUUAUCUCUUCACUUUGUUAGUAAAGUCCAUUGAUGCAAAAAAGUUUUUUAUUUUGAUGGAAUGCAAUAUAUUUAUCUUUCUUUGUUGUUCAUGCUUUUGGUGUCUUAUCUAAGAAUCAAUUGCCAAAUUUAAGGUCAUUAAAUUUACCCUUAUGUUUUCUUCUAUGAGUCAUAUUGUUUUAGCUCUUGUGUUUAUACUUGUGUUCAAUUUUGUGAUAAUUUUUGUAUAUGGCAUGAAAUAAGAGUCUAAAUUCAUCUAUGUGCAUGUGGAUAUCCUAUUGGCUCAGCAUUACUUGUUGAAUAAAAAAUAAAUAACAACUAUCAUCACCCCAUUGAAGUGCCUCAGUAGCUUUGUUGAAAUGAAUUAACCAUGAAUGUAAGUAUUAAUUUCUGGGCAUCAGUUUUGUUUUAUUGAUCUGUAUGUCCAUCUUUAUGCUAGUACCAACCCAUCUUGAUUAAUGCACCUUUGUAGUAAGUUUUGAACUCAGGGCCGUGAUCCUCCAAUGUGGUUCUUUUCAAAAAAAUUACUUUGGCAUUUCUGGCCACCCAGCAUUUUCUUAGAAAUUUUAGGAACAGCUUUUCGAUUUCCACAAAAAUUCCUGCUAGGAUUUGAUAGGGAGCACACUGAACGUGUAGAUCAUAUUCUCAACUAAAAAGCUUUCCUCUUUCAAGAUUUUAGUUCAGCUGAUCCUCCUUGUUUCCAAAGCUCUCUGACUAAUAUAAAAUAAAAUGUUUGCAAUUUAUUCUUUCCUUCUCAGUUGCUGCAGAGGGAAAUCUGGACUUUCUCAACCUACUACAUUAGACCCAUGGGGGAAAUUUCUCACACGUUAAACUCUUUUUUUUUUUUUUUUUAAUUGUGGUAAAUAUCUAUAUGGGAAAGCAUUUGCAAUGUAAACAUUUUUACACUUACAUGUUAACUUUAAGUGUCAAAUAGCACCGAUCAAAAUGACUCACUAACAGCCCCCUUGCCUGCUCUUGCCCAGCAAAUAAAAUGGAAGACACUUUCUACAAAUAACAGACCAACUCCUCACAAGGACACCUGAAGACGAUAUUAUUAUCACCGGCAUUUUACUGAUGAUCAGACUGAGGUAAAGAGCAGUUUUAAAAUAGAGCCCAAGAUCAGAAGUAAAUAAGGCUGAGACAGGUGUUUUCCAUCCUGGCAGUUUGGCCCCAGAUCCUCUGCUAAAAACAAUUCUAUUGUAAACACUGUAAGUGAAUAAAAUGCAAGGAUAGCAGCUGAUUUUAGCAUUGAUUAAAAAUUAAAAAAAUUAGGAGUCAAAAAUGAGCUAAAGAGAUAAAAAUAAAAUGAAUACUCCUGUGUUGAGAAGCAUAGGCUGCAAUGGAAUGUUUUCAAGUGUGCAAGAACGUAUACUGACAAAAUUGCUAAAUAUUGUAUUUAAUAAUUAUUAUUUAAACAAUAGACUCAAGAGAGAAGGUUUAUGAAAGAUGUAAGCACGAGUGAAAUGUUUGCUAAAUAUUAGUAAUGGGCUAAAAAGCCUGAGUGGGAAAAGAGGAGGCCUUAAACCCAGAUGACCUCCCUGAGACUUAUUUUCCAAUUUGGAAAUUGUAGUACAAUAAUUCCUUCCAUCCCUGGGGUGUGUGUGUGUGUUUACAAGUGUGUAAACAAUAAAGUUCUACAUAAGUAUUAGUUUUCAGUAACCAGAUUUUAGAGAGUAUUGGCCUAUCUGGGAUUCCCAAGUAAAACUUAGAUUAUUUUACAGGAAAAACUUGGAUAACUGAUAGAUCUGCCCUCUUAAGAUUUUCUACAUAAAUUUACAGUAAAAUUAAAAAAAAAAAUCAUUAGUGGUGAUGAUCCUAGUUAUGACUAAGCUUUACCUACCAAUUCAGACAUUUGCUGUAUCUUCUGUUAGUGUUUUUAAAUUUCAGUAGCUAACAACUAUGGUCGAUGAACACAAAUUAUGGAGAGGUUAAACAAGGAAAAAUUGCAAAACGAUGAAAGAGAAUAUGUCUUUAUUUGCAUGCUAGCAAAUGAGAAGUGAGCUUUUGUUUCAGCAUCAGGAGGAACCAGUUAGCCUACGGCAAGGAGACACAGUAUAUGAACAGGAGCUAAUGUGAUCUGCUUUGCGAUAGCAAUGUUUCUCAAGAAGACGGCAUCGAGUCCAUCCAUUAGCAUACUUCGGUGUUUUCCUGCUUGACUUUGGCCACAGAGUUUAAAGGAGAAGAACUUGACUGCACAUUCUGAAAUUAGGUACACAUAGAACUUUUAGGUCAGGAUAUUAAGGAAUCAGAAGCUGUGAUAUUAGGCUUGGAAGUUUUAUUUUCCCCAGACAUGAUAAGUUUACUACAGAGCCUCAUUACAACCUUAUUAACGUUAGCAUUUGUUUUGGGAAAUCUUGCUAAUGGUUUCAUAGCACUGACCAACUGCAUUGACUGGGUCAAGAGACAAAAGAUCUCCUCAGUUGAUACAAUUCUCAUGGCUCUGGCAGUCUCCAGAAUUGGUUUGCUCUGGGUAAUAGCAAUAAAUUGGUAUUUAGUGCUGUUUAAUUCAUUUUCAUAUAGGUUAGAGGCAAGAGCUAUUGAUAUUGCCUGGACAGUAAGCAAUCACUUUAGCACGUGGCUUGCUACUUGCCUCAGCAUAUUUUAUUUGCUCAAAAUAGCCAAUUUCUCUAACCUUGUUUUUCUUCACCUAAAGUGGAGAGUUGAAAGAUUGGUUCUGGUGAUAAUGUUGGGGACUUUGGUCAUUUUGGGUUUUCAACUUGCAGUGACAAGCAGAGAAGAAAAUAUUUGGAAGAAUGAAUAUGAAGGAAACAUGACUUUGAAGACCAAAUCUCAUGACAUGGAGCACUUUUCAUCCCUGGCUGUAUCCACUUUAGCAUUCUGCCUGCCCUUUACUAUGUCCCUGACCUCUCUUCUGCUGUUAAUCUUUUCCCUGAGGAAACAUCUCAAGAAGAUGCAACUCAAUGGCAGAAGACCCCAAGAUCCCAGAAUCAAGAUCCAUGUAAAAACCAUGCAAACCAUGAUAUCCUUCCUUUUGUUACUUGCCAUUUAUUUUCUGUCUCUAAUCAUAGCAAGUUGGUGUUCUACAAUGCUGCAGAAAAGAUGGACUUUCACACUUUACCAUGCUUGUGGACUCAUCUAUCCUUCAAGCCACUCAUUUAUCCUGAUUUUGGUGAACCAAAAGCUAAGACAGGCCUUUCUGUCGGGUCUGUGGCAGCUGAGGUGCUCGCGGAAAGAAAGGAAGCCCUCAACUCCAUAGGUUGAUACGAGGCUCGUCAUGUUACUGUCUGUGUUAUGUUAUGUUGUGUUAUGUUAUGUUAUGUUGUGUUAUAUGAAAGCUUUUCUCCUUUUUUGAAAACCAAAACCAAAACCAAACCAAAAACUCUUUUUAUGUUUGUCUCUCUUCUUCUAAUACUGUGUAUUCUUUUAUUUUUUUUCUCCAAAAUCUUCACAGAGCUUUGCCAUUUUUAUUGCCUUUUCAAUACUUUAUUAAUUUUACUCUUGCACUAAUAUAAUUUUCACACCUUUUUUUAUUUUAGAAACGAUGCUUUUAUAUUUAACUGAUACUUCUUUCUACAUUCUCAGGUAUAUUUUGCUUUUUUUCCCUAGUUCCUUGAGUGCUCAAAUUAAUUUAUUUUCAUUCUCU